AUGCCGGUGGGACGAGGCCUGGCUUCAUUUGAGUCGUCUGCUCACAAGAAACAACAAUAUCAGACGUUAGGCCGAAAACUUGUGGAAGAGCAAAGAGAACAGAUAAAAACACAGCUUCAGGUGUUUCAGAAUGCACUCAUAACAUUCAGAAAACAGCAUGCGGAAGAAUUACGCUCGAAUCCAGAUCUUUGGUCUAAAUUCAGUGAGAUUUGCAGGAGCUUUGGCAUAGAUCCGUUGGUUAUAUCCUCGCUUGGAAUAGGAAGCAAAGCGGACCGGCAGGAAAAAUAUAAUCAAUUAGCAUUACGAAUAAUUGAUAUAUGCCGGCUCACAAAAAGCCUUAAUGGAGGUAUGCUAUUGGUUGAUGAUCUUUUGGAUUUAAUCAACUGUGAAUCCUGGUUUACAGAGGAUCCGGAGGUGAAAAUAACGGAGCAGGAUGUGUUAACAUCAUUAGACAAUUUGAAGGCUUUAGGUGACGAACUUCAGUUGAUUACUAUUGGAAACAAGAAUUACAUAAAAUCAACAACAGAAGAAAUCAACGCUGAUCAGGGCCUUAUUCUGUCCGCAGCUGAUAUUAUAGGAUAUGUUACAGUUGCUAUACUUAGGGAUAACUUUAAGUGGAGAUCAUAUAGAUGCAAAUCAAAUUUAGAAGACUUGGUGUCAAAUGGAAUUCUAUGGGUAGAUGACCAGUCUGAAAAUCAUGAAAGGAGAUACUGGAUUACAUCCUGGAUUAACAAAUAG